UUGAGAAAAUUGUCAGGGAACUCGAUGCUGCUGCGGGUGCUGCCCGCGCUCUACGAGCAGCGGCCGCGGCCGAUCCUCGCCCGCCUGCCAGAGCUGGUGGCACCCAUGGCCCAGCUGGACCCUCCCGAGCAGCUGCACAUCCUCAGGCUCCUGCACACCGUGGCCAGGAAGAGACAAGUGGGGGUGCUGAAAGAGUGUUUGCCAUUUUUAUUUGGACACCUGAGGGACCCCAACCACAGCGAGGUGAUUCUAAACAUCCUUCUGGAAAUAUCCAGCUAUGAACCUGCAGCCUUGGCCCCUUUCCUUCCCACCCUGAGGGAAAUUGGGGAGACUUUUCCCACUUUGAUUGGGCAGACUGCAAAGAUCUUUGGAGCUGUUGGACACCUCGAUGAGGAGCGAGCCAGGACGUCUCUGCUGUAUCUGGUGAACCAGCUGGCCAACAUGGAGCACUCCUUCCACCACAUCCUCCUGCUGGAGAUCAAGAGCCUCACCGACAGUUUCUGCAGCAUCCUGGGCUCCCAGAGCAGGGACAUUUAUCGGAUGAGCAACAGCUUCUCUGCCAUCGCCCGCCUGCUGGCACGGCAGCUGGACCACGACGGAGCUGCAGCACCCAGGUACUGCCAGACCUGCCCUGCCCUGGGCUCUGCUGCUGCCUGA